AUGGCCAAGGAAGGCGUGGAGAAGGCGGAGGAGACGGAGCAAAUGAUCGAGAAGGAGGCAGGCAAGGAGCCCGCUGAGGGCGGCGGCGGCGGCUCUCACCGCCUCGGGGACGCCCAGGAGAUGCGCGCUGUGGUGCUGGCCGGCUUCGGGGGGCUCAACAAGCUGCGGGUCACCAGGAAGGCCAUGCCCGAGCCGCAGGACAGCGAGCUCAAGAUCCGCGUCAAAGCCUGUGGUUUAAACUUCAUUGACUUGAUGGUGCGACAGGGGAACAUCGACAACCCUCCCAAGACUCCCCUGGUGCCAGGAUUUGAGUGUUCUGGGAUUGUUGAAGCUCUGGGGGACAGCGUGAAAGGAUACGAGAUCGGGGACCGUGUCAUGGCAUUUGUCAAUUACAAUGCCUGGGCAGAGGUGGUCUGCACACCGGUGGAAUUUGUCUACAAGAUCCCAGACGACAUGAGCUUCUCGGAGGCUGCUGCAUUCCCCAUGAACUUCGUCACAGCCUAUAUGAUGCUCUUUGAAGUUGCCAACCUCCGAGAAGGAAUGUCUGUGCUCGUGCACUCUGCUGGCGGCGGCGUGGGCCAAGCUGUGGCUCAGCUGUGUUCCACUAUCCCCAAUGUGACUGUCUUUGGAACAGCUUCUACUUUCAAGCAUGAAGCAAUCAAAGAAUCCAUGACCCACCUCUUUGACAGAAAUGCAGACUAUGUGCAGGAAGUGAAAAGAAUCUCUCCUGAAGGAGUGGACAUUGUUUUGGAUUGCCUCUGUGGGGAUAACACUGGAAAAGGUCUCAGCCUUCUCAAACCACUGGGAACCUAUAUUUUAUAUGGUUCAUCCAACAUGGUGACUGGAGAGACCAAGAGCUUCUUUAGCUUUGCAAAAUCAUGGUGGCAGGUCGAGAAGGUGAACCCCAUCAAGCUCUACGAAGAGAACAAAGUCAUCGCGGGAUUUUCCCUUUUAAAUCUGCUCUUCAAACAGGGCCGUGCAGGCCUCAUUCGAGGAGUGGUGGACAAACUCAUUGGGCUCUAUAACCACAAGAAGAUCAAGCCCGUGGUAGACUCCCUUUGGGCCCUGGAGGAGGUGAAGGAGGCCAUGCAACGGAUCCACGACCGGGGGAAUAUCGGCAAAUUAAUUCUGGAUGUAGAGAAGACCCCGACUCCACUGAUGGCCAACGACAGCACAGAGACCAGCGAGGCGGGGGAGGAGGAGGAGGACCACGAGGGAGACAGCGAGAACAAGGAGCGGAUGCCCUUCAUCCAGUAACGCAGGACCCAGGCAGCAGAAUGUGAAGGACGGUCUGGAACAAGACGAGCCGGUCGAGAAAGCUCUUCUGUACCCCAGUGAACAAAUGCCGUAGUCCACUGUGUGUUGUGUUUGUCUGCAGUCAGCUGAGCUAAAAGCUGUUGAUCACUGUUGUUUUUGAAAUUAAGUGCCAAGCCCAUUCCAUGCAGUAUUAUGUCCCUCCCUCAUCUGUGUAUCACACUCUCCCGCCUCCCCUACUUCAGAACCAUCCGUCUUUGGGUCCUUCUUGACAGUU